AUUAAUGACGUUUGACAGUACGCCACCAGGCGCGGCAAAUGCUAUCAGCAGUUGUUAGCACAAAUAACGUAGCAGAGGCUGCAUCUGUAUUAAAGUGUUUUUCGAGUAAUUGACAGAUUUACCAAAUGUCCCGUUUUAAAAGAGGCGGAAUAGCCGAUUCCAGGGCUGGGUUUAGGACGGAAACACAAGUUUCGCCUAUUCCUAACGGCCUAUUAAAAGCAGCUAGAAAAAGUGGGCAGUUAAAUCUAUCGGGAAAGGGUUUGACUGAAGUUCCACUCCGCGUCUGGAGGCUUAACUUAGACACACCUGAGGAGGCCAAUCAAAAUGUAUCUUUCGGUGCAGACGAUCGGUGGUGGGAACAAACAGAUCUAACCAAGCUUAUCCUCUCAUCAAACAAGCUCGAUGCUCUGUCAGAAGAUGUAAAGCUGCUGCCAGCUCUUGUUGUUUUAGAUGUCCAUGACAAUCAACUCACUACAUUACCCAAAGAAAUAGGUGAAUUGGAUCAACUUCAGAAACUUGUUCUAAGUCAUAAUAAGUUGAAAGAGCUGCCUUUGGAGCUAUGGGGACUGACAAACCUCCGAAGUCUUCACCUGCAGCAGAAUCAACUGGAGGGCCUUCCACAGGAAAUUGCGCAGUUGAUCAAUUUGGAUGAAAUAGAUCUCUCCAACAAUCAGUUAGCAGAAGUUCCAGAUGGUCUAGGCAACCUGACAAAGUUGGUUAAGCUCAAUCUGUCUUGCAACAAGUUAAAGAGUCUAUCUCCUGCAAUCAGUAACAUGAAGAAUCUGAGAAUGCUGGACUGCACCAAGAAUCAGCUGGAGAGUAUUCCCCCUGUGAUGGCCAAGAUGGAGUCACUGGAGCUGCUGUAUCUGAGGCACAACAAACUACGAUUCCUUCCAGAGCUGCCGCAGUGCAAAACCCUCAAAGAACUCCAUAUGGGGAACAAUCAGAUAGAAGAAAUGAAGGCCGAGUACAUGAAACACCUGAGUGCCCUCAGUGUCCUGGAGCUGAGGGACAACAAGCUGAAGGUCCUGCCUGACGAGGUCACUCUACUGGAAGGCCUGGAGCGCCUGGACCUCGCCAACAAUGACAUCACCAGCCUGCCUUGCACUCUUGGCAACCUGCCCAAUCUGAAGAGCGUGUCUCUGGAAGGAAACCCUCUGAGGGGCGUGCGCCGAGACCUCCUGACUAAAGGCACUGGGGAACUGCUGAAGUACCUAAGAAGUCGCAUCAAAGAGCCAGACGGUAGUACUGCAGAGCAACCCAAAACAGCCAUGACCCUGCCCAGUCAAGCAAGGAUAGAUGUUCACUCUAUCAACACACUGAAGACUUUAAAUUAUAGUGAAAAGCAGGAGUCGAUGGUCCCUGACGAUGUGUUUGACGCUGCUGGGGGAAGUCAGGUUGCCACUGUAAACUUCUGCAAGAACCAGCUGACAGAAGUGCCUCCCAGGCUUGUUGAGUUGAAGGACACCGUCUGUGAUGUCAACCUUGGGUUUAACAAACUGACCAGCAUCCCACUGGACUUCUGUAUGCUGAAGCAGCUGAACUACGUAGAUCUCAGAAACAACUUUUUGACUGCACUGCCACCAGAAUUGGAGGGUCUUGGCAAACUAAGGAGCAUCAUUUUGUCAUUCAAUAGGUUCAAGACUUUCCCAGAUGUUCUAUACAAGAUAGCCACACUGGAGACCAUUUUGAUGUGUAACAAUACAGUCAGUGCUGUUGACCCAGUUGGGUUGAAGAUGCUGGAGAAACUGUCCACAUUAGACCUGCAGAACAAUGACCUCCUGCAGGUGCCUCCAGAAUUGGGCAACUGUACCAGCCUCAGGGCUCUGAUGCUGGAUGGGAAUCCUUUCCGAAAUCCCAGAGCAGCGAUCGUGGCUAAAGGAACCGAUGCUAUCCUGGAGUACCUGCGCAGUAGAAUUCCUACCUGAUCUUAACUACGCACAAGAAUAUGUCUGUGAGAGUGUGAUGUCCUCGUAAUCAUCAAACAUCGUAGUUUGAGGCAUUAUGCAUUCUUCUCUUUUUUCCACUUCAGAUAAAACAAUGAACUGCGUUUACAUUCUGACAUUGAACACUACCAAUGGCUCUUUUGCCAAUAAUCCAGUGUUUUUUUUUACCAUCAGCUUCCACUCCCAUUGAUUGACAUUGAAUUGUGGUUGAACAGUGGAUGUGUGUCAUUGUUCUGUGACAAAACAAACUGGUGCACGUUCACUUAUUCAGCACUUCCUGAUGUAUGUCAUUGUUCUGUGACAAAACAAACUGGUGCACGCUCACUUAUUCAGCACUUCCUGCCACUUUGGUCUGUAAUUGACAGUUCUUUUCCUGUUCGGCUGUUCGUUUUUAACGAUCAGCCUCUUAUGUACCUAUGACAUGAUUUUACACCUAGGUCGUGUUUGAAAGUUUGCUUAUGACAAUAAAAACCUCGUCUUAAAAUACAUAUGAAAUGAUAUGAAAGAGAAAAAAAACUGAAUGUGACUGAAUCAUGAUCAAAAUAACGUUGACUACAUUUUGCAAUUUGCAUUUUGUCAAAAGUCACAGCUGUCAAUAAAACUGAGUCUGUUGAACAACAUUAUGGUAUACAUUUUGUUAUGUCAGAUUGGUAGAAAAUAAUCUCAAUCAUCUCAUUAUUAUUAGGAUGAUGGCUUAUCUUAAAUAUUGACAUAUAAACAUUGACAUUUAGAUGUGUUUGAUGAAAGUAUGUACAUGCAGAAAGUAGUAUUACUUGAUUCAAAGACCACAGUGUAACAAACGGUAACAAUAGUGACGUUUUAUUAAUUUUACAAUAAAGACCUUCAUACAUUAUUCAAAACACCCCUUAGAUACUGAAAAAAUCUGUACUUCCCCAAAGCCGAAAAUGGCUCUGUAAUCUGCUGCACAGUAUUUAACUUUUUGUCAUUUUUCAAAAGUUUUAUUAAUAAAAUGUAUCUUAAAUAUG